CACUGCCCGGGCCUCGCCCAGCGAUGCAGAAAGCCACCUACUACGACAACGCCGCGGCUGCGCUCUUCGGAGGCUACUCCUCGUACUCUGGCAGCAAUGGCUUCGGCUACGACGGGCCCCCCCAACCCCCCUUUCAGGCCGCCACGCACCUGGAGGGUGACUACCAGCGCUCAGCGUGUUCUCUUCAGUCCCUGGGCAACGCCGCCCCACAUGCCAAGAGCAAGGAGCUCAAUGGCAGCUGCAUGAGGCCCGGCCUGGCCCCUGAGCCCCUGCCCGCCCCUCCGGGCUCACCCCCGCCCAGCGCCGCACCUACCAGUACCACUAGCAACAGCAAUAAUGGGGGCGGGCCCAGCAAAAGCGGCCCCCCCAAGUGCGGUCCCGGCUCCAACUCCACCCUCACCAAACAGAUAUUCCCCUGGAUGAAAGAGUCGAGGCAAACGUCCAAGCUGAAAAACAGCUCCCCCGGCACAGGUACCAGCUCUCUGCCUUCCUCGUCAUCAGCUUUUGUCAGAUCCAGGAAUGUCACUGUUAUUCUAGCACCCAGCCCCCGGGCGCGGACCGCGUACACCAGCGCGCAGCUGGUGGAGCUGGAAAAGGAGUUCCACUUCAACCGCUACCUGUGCCGGCCGCGCCGCGUGGAGAUGGCCAAUCUGCUGAACCUCAGCGAGCGACAGAUCAAGAUCUGGUUCCAGAACCGGCGCAUGAAGUACAAGAAAGACCAAAAGGCCAAGGGCCUGGCCUCAUCGUCUGGGGGACCGUCUCCAGCCGGCAGCCCCCCGCAGCCCAUGCAGUCCACCGCUGGCUUCAUGAACGCCUUACACUCCAUGACCCCCAGCUAUGAGAGCCCGUCCCCGCCCGCCUUCGGCAAAGCCCACCAGAAUGCCUACACGCUGCCCUCCAACUACCAGCCCCCUCUCAAGGGCUGCGGCGCCCCGCAGAAGUAUCCCCCGACCCCGGCGCCCGAUUACGAGUCCCACGUUCUCCAAGCCAACGGGGGCGCCUACGGGACGCCCACCAUGCAGGGCAGCCCAGUGUACGUGGGCGGGGGCGGCUACGCGGAUCCGCUGCCGCCCCCUGCCGGCCCCUCCCUCUACGGCCUCAACCACCUUUCCCACCAUCCCUCUGGGAACCUGGACUAUAACGGGGCGCCCCCUAUGGCCCCCAACCAGCAUCACGGACCAUGCGACCCCCAUCCCACCUACACAGACCUCUCCUCUCACCACGCGCCUCCUCCUCAGGGUAGAAUCCAAGAAGCUCCCAAAUUAACACACCUGUGAUGGGAGAGGAAGGGCGGAGGGGCGAGGUCAAGGGCAAGAGGGGGGCUGUGGAGCUCAGAGGGGCGGCCUGGAGGUCUGAAAGAGGGGUUAGGGAAGUAGUUGCUAGGCUCCCAGGACAAGGGACUUGGAGCUCCUUCCCUGCUCCCUGGCUUGAGGGGUUGUUUUAAAGUCCUUCAUCCCUUGUUCCAUCUGCCUGCCAACCCAUCGGAAAGGAAUCCACGGCAGAUUGGAGAUGACCCCUUCAACCCCAGGCUCCAGCACUACCAAGUUGGAAUUCCAUGCUGGAGAGGGAGUGUGAUAGAAGAAGUUGAGAUAGGAAAACAAGGCAGAGAAGCACAUUUUUAAAAAAAAUUAAAAAACAAAAACAAGCAGACAAGAUGGCUAGGCCAUGACCAACCAACCUACUUACCUUCCACCUCUGUGGAUAAUUUCCCCAAAUCUUGAUUUUCCCCCUCUCUUUCUCCUUAAGAAAAUAAUAAGACACAUAUAAGCCCAAGGACAGAAAGCACGUUCUCCUCCCACUUCCCAGAAACCUCAAAUUUCCUUCCAUCUAUUUGAGGUUUCUUGGGGUAUGCCCUCCGUUUCUAGCCCCAUGAUUUUCUGCUCUAGGACUUUCGUAUCUAUACCCCUUCUCCAUCAGUUACAAUUUUUAGAGGGCUCAGGGAUGGUGAGAGAUCCUGAAAGUCAGAGCUGCCUAUAGUAUAAAUAUAUAUAUAUUUUCUUUUUAGGAAAAGUUAGGAGGCUAAGGCAGGCAAGGACUGAACAUUUGCCUGUUCCAUAGUCUCUCCUCUCAGCUCCAGGUCCAUCCCCCUCUCUCCACAGAAAACAAUCGGCCACAUAAGGUUCUCCACUUUACUUUUCUUCUGUUGCUCUCUUACUUAACGUGGAAACAGGGUAUAUUUGAACAAACUGUCUGUCCCAGGCAGGGGCUGCAGCUUGGCCUGUGUGCUUUGCUCAACCUCCUGACAGGACACUUUUGUUGCACUUAGAGUUUACAUUUUAAUGGAUAUAAAAACAACUGUGAGAGAUGCCUAGGCCUGCAGAAGUCCAGCAUCGCUCAAAAAGUGUGUGUUCUAGUGAACAUUUUCAUAUAUAUUUAUUGGUUAUAGCCUGUUAAAAUAUUUUCUUUUUGUAUUAUUUAUCCCCCCUACAUUAUGUAUUUAUAUGAGGAAAAAAAGGAAAAAUUGUACUUUUUUAGUAUUUACUUGUUAUAAGGGACAUUGUGUUUUCUGUCAUGUAAAAACAGCUAUUUUAGUUUUUAUCGUACUCUAGGAAAGAGCUGUAGAUUUAUGUUAAACUCGUACUUAUGAGCAAUUGUAAUUAGUUCUAAAAGGCAUGAACUCAGCUCCUAAUCGUCACUGUAUAGUCUUGAAUUUGUAGAGUUAGAGUUAAUUCCCUCUUGGAACUUUCUUUGUUCUUCUGUAGUUACUUUUUUUCCCUUAAAAGAGUUGUCUGUCAAACAAUUCUUGAAUAAACUUUCUGUUAUCAAUUUUA